GCGUUGUUGUGGUCCACCGUGGUGCUCCUCGGCGGCUUCGUUAGCGUCCUGCACAUCAAGGAUUUCUGGUUUCUCUCGCUGCUCAGCUUUCUAAUGGCAUCCAAGAUAUUGGAAAUGGACACCAAACCUCUUGGAAAUUAUGCCGCAGAUAUACACAUAUUAUAUUUGAGUAAGAGACAAAGUCAGCUUGAGGGGGCAAACCAAAAGUCUCACUGGAUGACUAUACCUAUUGUGUCCACAGCGGUCGCCGUGAAGAUAAUUUUCACAGUCUGUAUGAUACCCAUCAUUUCGUUUACGCCAUAUGUGGUCCUACCACUCUCAGUGGUGCGUCUCGCACUACAGGAUUACGGCGAUGCGGGUGGAGAUGCUGCAAACAAAGCAAAACUGAAUGCGGCACUCACCAUCUUCUAUGUUCUAGUUAUCUUUCAGAGCUUAGCUGUUUUUUACUAUGCAUUUUCAUACUACAUUUGAGCCAUGGAUAUUGCUGAGCAAACAAUUAGGAUUUGAGGUUUGGGGUCCCAAAAUUGUUAAGAGAUACCAGAGAGAAACCAUUGCCAUGUGUCUUAAGGAUGGGGUAUUGCCCAACAACUGGAACUUGAUUACAUUCAGUGUUGGCUUGCUAGAGUGUGCAACUCACGAUAACCAUCUUUGGGGAGCAAGGGUCUUAGACACUUUCACUAGGAAAGGUAUACCUAUAAGACAGGAGCUACUAUCUUCAAGCCAAGCAAUUAAAAAUCUGUUCGACGUGGUUGGCCUGACAAGAACAGAUAACCCUGAGACAAGAGAGCGUGCCACAAGGAUUGUAGCAGAUCUAGCCAGUGAGCUCCGUAUAACCCAGUUUCCAGAUGCGCUGAGAUGCAUAUGCUAUUUACUUGAAAGCUGCAAUCAUUAUAGUGAUCCAGAAGUUGCCCAUCUAUUGGGGAAUUUUGAGCAAACUCUUGACAAAACUACCUGCAAGGUGUCAGUAGAAACCUUCGAGCAUAGUCACCAUCAAGAAGAUGCCCACUUGUCUUUGCCGAUCACCGAGCAAACUAACCAAAAACAUCUACCAUCAGAUGAGUUUUCCAAGAUAAAAUCAUGGAUUCAAACAAUGAUGUAUGAAAUAAAUAAGUUCAUAACUCCUCAAUGGGAUAGAUAUUUUGGAGAUAAGUAUCACUACUCCUAUGUAUCGAAAGGAACCAAAGAACUGAUCUCUCAAGGCCUGGUGAUUCUUGAGAGGCUCACACAAGAUGAAGACAACUGUACUGAGAUAAUCAGACACCAAAGGCUCCUCUCUAAGAUCACGUUACCAUUGUGCUACCAGGACCUCCUCGGCCAUCGAUGGGACCAUACAUGGGCUGAGAUGCUAAGGAGGUCACUCACAGUUCUGAGCAGGCUUAUCAGAGGUGGACCUAGAGAGGACAGCACAAGGCUGCGCCAUGAUAUGUUCCGCAACACGAUAGUAAUCCGCAAUUUGAUGCGUAUUUUGGAGGUUGACUGUGAAGGUGCCUUCUCGGAACUACGUGUACAAGCAAUAGAAAUUCUUACUGAGCUAGCCUAUGUUGAUUCCUUUAGAAAGCUAGCUUUUGAUCAAUCUACAAGCAUGACAGAAAUGUUUGUCAAGACACUGCGGCGCAUCUUCCUUGAGGAUAGGGAUGGCGACACUAUAGUGGCAAAAUAUGACGAAGACAAGGACACAAGAGCGAGGACAAAAGCAGGGGAAGCACUGGCCAGAUUGCUUCGAGCCCCAAGUGCAAGAGAUAACACUGAUGCGCUGAUUUCUGCCACAAAUGUUGAUAUUGUUGAUUUACUUCCCAUGCAAGAUGUUGAUGUUGUUGAUCUACUUCCCAAGCAAGACGUGAUCAAUCUGUUGACCAAGGUUGUUGGUCAAAUACUAUCUACUAAAGCAAAAAACUCUGCACAUGUGGCAGCACAGACUGGUGCAACGAAUAGUAAUUGUCAUAUACAAAGCCAGACUCAAAAAAUUCCUGCUGCAAGACAGUCUUCCACUCAGGGAUAUGAAGAAGAGUCCGAGAGCAGAAACAAGUUAGCCACCAUGCUAUCUCUUACUGUGGCAAUAUGCAACAACAAUGCAAUCAGUGGAGAUGAUUUUACUCGUGGCACUCCUGAAGAAGCUCAUGGAGAUAGUAGAAACAAACAUGGAUACCACGACUGA